AUGACUGCACCUUCCCGGCUAGACCUCCUGGCCGAGGUGCCCGACGAUGUGAUCCUCGUCAUCUUUGCGCACAUGGAGACGGCGAGGGACAUGGUGAACCUCGCCGGAAGCUGCAAGAGGCUGACGCAGCUGCUACGGGAGAGGGGUUGGCGCAUCUUUGCACGCACCCGAUUCCCCUCGCUCCAGAUCCCGCGGGAGCAGACACUCAAGAACCCGGAGCUGUCGUGGGCCAUGCUGGCCGAGUCGCUGACCUACCAGAGCCGCUGCUGGGACAGGAGGUCGCUCAACUUCACCGCAACCGUGUCUCUGCCGCCCGCGGGGGCUACUUUUCACCACCGUCAGGCCCAGCGCUGGCCGGCCAGGUGCGACGCACACUAUGACGUCGACAGCCGCUCCGAGUUGCUUGUUUGGAGCGAAGGGGAGGGGUUCUGUGCACGCGAGCGCCGCAUCGUCGAUGAUGGUUGGGGGGAGGAUCGUGCCUUUGCUCGCUUUCAGGGUCGGGAUCAUGGACUCGUGCCGGGGAGGGAUGAUAUUGUUGACAUUUCCGUCGUCGAUGGUCGCCUGCACGACCUGCGCGCCAAGAGCCAUGCCGUUCUUGCGGCGAGAGCUAGCGGAUGGCUUGAUCUGAGGUCGGCUGAGCAGGACGACCUAGGCACACUGUUGGCCACGUUUAAGCCGAGGCAGGCCAGGGGUUGGCGGGAAUCGGACUCUGCGGCCGGAAGGGUGCUCGGGCAGUCUUCGUUGCUCACCAUGGAUAUAUCGGGCCCAGGGAGAAUCGCUGCAAACGACAGGGAGAGCGUGUUUAUAUACGACCUACCACAGGGAGACAGAUGGCUCGCCGAAAACCCACCAGAAGUCUCCCCUUCACUAACCAUCCACAAGGACUCGGUCCACGACAAGAACGAGCUUACGCACCUCGGAGGGGUCAAGUGGAUCGGCGACCGAGGGGAAACUCUCGCGCUCGGCAUCAACGGACAGUUCCAGUCCGCGCUGCAAUACGUCCAGCUCAGCCCGUCGGGGAAAGCCUACCAGAUCCAUCGCGCCAUCGACAACCCAGCCUUGUCCAACACAAGUCGCAGCUCCCAGCAGAUCAACGCCGCAUCGAUCCUCCCGCUUGACGUGUCGUCCAUAUCCAACCACACACGGCCGCUGGUGCUCGCUGCCUGGCAGGAUGGCACCUGUCGGCUACAGGACCUGCGCGCGCCCACCUCAUUCGAUGCCGUCUACGAGGACAAUGUCUACCCGGAAUCUAACAUCCAGCACCUCCUGACCUGGGGCACUGAGCGUUUCGUGGCGGGUGGUCCCAGCGACGAGCUCCUCCGCAUAUUCGACUUUCGCUGGACCAAGGGCUACUACCACACCCAGGCGCUGCCGUGCCGGAGCGUGCUGCCGUACCCGGAUCCGCCGCAGCCGUUUGCGAGCGAGGGGAGCCGCAGGGCGCGCGAGGCCGAGGAGCGCCGGGCCUGCUGCGACCACCUGGCCGGGUUCGAGUGCACGUGGCACCGCCUGUCGCGCGACAUCUACCACCGGCCCAACUGCAACAUCUACUUUACGCGCAAGGAACACAGGUCCGGGAGGGGCUUCGUGCGGUCCCGCCACCCGAGCAUGGAGGGCGUGCGGUCCCUGGCCAAGGGGUCGGAUCUGUGCCCGAGCUUCUACGUUGGUGUGGUGGGCGGCUUCCUCGAGGCGAGGCUGGGCCUGCAGGGGACUUCGGGGGACGCGGUGGACCCGAAUCUGUCGUAUCAGUACCUCGGCCUACCGGGUGACGAGGUUGGCGGCGAGGAUGCCGGAGCUGCCCAGGAUGGCGACAACGGCACGGGAUAUGAGACGGUCGAGCUGAAAUCCAGCUUAAUGGAGACGGGCGACGGCUUGUCAGUUGCGCACAAUGACCGGAGCAUUCCCCUGCCGCCACUCCGUCCCAACCCCAUGAAGAGAGAACACCUUAAGAAGGGGCCCAAGGUUCCCGAGGAGAUGGUUGAUUGUCACCGUUUAGAUCCUCGAUACCAGCACGGUAAUGAUUUUGACGAGUUUCUCGCCUGGAAAGGAUCGUACGGCCAGCCUGUUAGGUAA